AUGGUCUUCAAGGGCAGGUUCUUCUCCUCCAAGAAAUCCGACUCCUCCAACAGUCCAGAUGGCUCCAACAACAGCCCCAGAUCGCUCGGCUCCAACUCCCCCAGCAGAUCCGAUAAGAAGAAAUCCAAAUCCGCCGACUCCAAAUCCAUCUCCGCCGCCGCCUUCGGUGGCUCCAGCCGCCAAACGCUAGACAAGACAAAGAAGAAGGACGCCAAGGGGAAAGACAUUCAGCAACAAGCUCAGCCGAAAACGCCGAUCAAGUCCGGCUUAGCUGGUUUAAGCUCGACGACGACUCCGAAGAAGUCGUCGUCGUCGGCGUCGCCUGCGACGGAGCCGGCGUCGGUGUCUCCCAUUCUGGCGUCGUCGCUCGGGUUGAACAGGAUAAAGACGAGAUCGGGGCCGCUGCCACAGGAGAGCUUCUUCGGGUUUAGGGGAGACAAAGGCUCGGCGUUGGGGUCUAGUAAUUUGUCCAGGCCGGUCGCCGGUGAUGGGAGCUCGGGGUUGAAGAAGAAGGAGGCGGCCGCGGCGGCCAGUGUGAGCAGGACGGGGUUUAAUGAGAGUGUGGCGAGUGGGAGCUGGGUUGAUAAUGGAAGUAAUUCGGAUAGUAUGUCAACUAGCAGUGUGCCUUCCAGAGACCAAAGCCCGAGCAUGCCUGCACCGCCGUCGCGGUUGCAGAAUAGUGGCGAAUCCUUGGCUGAAGCUGGUAUGAUAUCAUCUCGAGGUCGCUCUGGAGUUUUGAGAAGUUCAGAGGUUUGCACACCAGAGCCUGCAUAUGAUUGUGAGAAUCCUAAGGAGUCUGAAUCUCCCCGUUUUCAAGCUAUACUGCGUUUAACGAGUGCACCAAGAAAGAGGCAUCCUGCUGAUAUAAAAAGUUUUUCCCAUGAACUAAAUUCCAAAGGUGUACGUCCUUUCCCAUUUUGGAAGCCUCGAGGCUUAAACAACGUGGAGGAAAUAUUAGUUGUGAUUCGGGCUAAAUUUGAUAAAGCAAAAGAAGAAGUGAACUCUGAUCUAGCUGUAUUUGCAGCAGAUUUGGUUGGUGUUCUUGAAAAAAAUGCAGAUACUCAUCCAGACUGGCAGGAAACCAUUGAGGACUUGCUGGUUUUAGCUCGAAGUUGUGCGAUGACAUCAUCAGGAGACUUUUGGUUUCAGUGUGAAAGCAUAGUUCAGGAAUUGGAUGAUAGGCGUCAAGAACUUCCUCCGGGUACACUUAAGCAGCUUCACACCAGAAUGCUUUUCAUACUCACUAGGUGUACCAGAUUGUUGCAGUUCCAUAAGGAAACUGGAUUGGCUGAGGAUGUACCGGUUUUCCAGCUUCGUCAAUCAAGAGUUCUGAAUUCUGUAGAUAAAAGACUUAAUUCUGUGGAUAAAAGAAUUCCUCCAAGUGCGGUAAAGGAUACAAAAAGUUCUAGUGUUACACAGACAUCUAAAGCAGCUUCAGCUAGGAAAUUUUAUAGUCAGGAGCAGCAUAGCUUGGAUUGGAAGAGAGAUCAUGUGGUUACACAACCUGCAAUUUUGACCCCUCCUCCUGCCGAACUCCCCUCGAAGAUUUUAGAUUCUCCUGCUAGUAGGGAUCGAAUUACCUCAUGGAAGAAAUUCCCAUCUCCAGUUGGGAAAAGCACGAAAGAAGUAUCUAAAGUAAAGGAUCAGAAGGAUGUUAAGGUUGAGAAGUUGAAGGCUUCAGACCACAAGAGAGGGACUUCUGAUAUUGAUCAGACUACAGUGAAACCCUCUGAGCCUUCUGCCAAGGAUUCUCAUGAACCCAAGCACGGACACAAAGCUUCUUGGGGUUGGGGAUAUCCUCCUAGUGGAUCUGAUGACACUUCUAUAAUUUGUCGCAUUUGUGAGGACGAGGUUCCAACUUCAAAUGUGGAAGACCAUUCGAGAAUUUGUGCAAUUGCUGAUCGAUGUGAUCAGAAGGGUCUAAGUGUCAAUGAGCGUCUCGUCAGAAUCUCCGAAACCCUUGAAAAGAUGAUGGAGUCCUUCACUCAAAAGGAUAUCCAGCAUGGUAUAGGAAGUCCAGAUGUUGCAAAAGUAUCAAAUUCGAGUGUGACUGAAGAAUCUGACGGUCUCUCUCCAAAACUCAGUGAUUGGUCCCAUAGAGGCUCUGAGGAAAUGCUUGAUUGUUUUCCUGAAGCUGAUAACUCAUCUUUCAUGGAAGACCUGAAGGGUUUGCCUUCCAUGUCAUGUAGAACUCGUUUUGGGCCCAAGUCUGAUCAGGGAAUGACAACAUCAUCUGCAGGUAGCAUGACACCAAGGUCUCCGUUAUUGACACCAAAAGCCAGUCAGAUUGACUUGCUACUGGCAGGCAAGGCUUCUUUCUCUGAGCAAGAUGAUCUUCCUCAGAUGAAUGAACUUUCUGAUAUUGCUCGUUGCGUGGCAAAUACACCUCUGGAGGAUGACCGUUCCAAUCCAUAUUUACUGUCUUGUCUUGAAGACUUGAGAGUUGUUAUUGAGCGCAGAAAGUUUGAUGCACUCACGGUGGAAACUUUUGGGGCACGCAUUGAGAAGCUGAUCCGGGAGAAGUACUUACAGCUUUGCGAAUUAGUUGAAGAUGAAAAGGUUGAUAUAUCAAGUACAGUAAUUGAUGAAGAUGCUCCUCUUGAUGAUGAUGUGGUUCGUACAAGCCCUAUACAUUUUUCGAAGGACCGGACAUCUAUAGAUGACUUUGAAAUUAUCAAACCCAUAAGCCGUGGGGCAUUUGGACGAGUUUUCCUAGCUAAAAAGAGAACAACAGGUGAUCUUUUUGCAAUUAAGGUUCUUAAAAAGGCAGAUAUGAUCCGUAAAAAUGCUGUUGAAAGUAUAUUAGCAGAACGAGACAUCUUGAUAUCAGUCCGCAAUCCUUUUGUGGUUCGGUUCUUUUAUUCUUUUACUUGCCGUGAAAACUUGUAUCUUGUGAUGGAGUAUCUAAAUGGAGGAGAUUUGUACUCAUUGUUGAGAAAUUUAGGCUGCUUAGAUGAGGAUGUUGCUCGUGUAUAUAUAGCUGAAGUGGUGCUUGCAUUAGAAUAUUUACAUUCACUUUGUGUGGUUCAUCGUGAUUUGAAGCCUGACAAUUUGUUAAUUGCUCACGAUGGCCAUAUUAAGUUGACAGACUUCGGGCUUUCAAAGGUUGGUCUCAUCAACAGCACUGAUGAUUUAUCUGGUCCAGCGGUUAGCGAGACAUCCCUACUUGGGGAGGAUGAAUCCGAACAAUCUAUGUCUGAGCAUCAGCGAGAAAGGCGAAAGAAACGGUCAGCUGUGGGUACACCAGACUAUUUGGCGCCAGAGAUACUGUUAGGAACAGGACAUGCUGCAACUGCAGAUUGGUGGUCUGUUGGGGUCAUUUUGUUUGAAUUGAUUGUUGGCAUUCCACCCUUCAAUGCAGAACAUCCUCAGACAAUUUUUGAUAAUAUACUCAACCGAAAUAUACCUUGGCCUCGGGUACCUGAAGAAUUGAGUCCUGAAGCAGCAGAUCUUAUUGAUCAGUUAUUGACAGAAGAUCCUAAUCAGAGACUUGGAGCCAGAGGAGCGUCAGAGGUAAAGCAGCAUCCAUUCUUUAAGGAUAUCAACUGGGAUACCCUUGCCAGGCAGAAGGCUGCGUUUGUUCCAUCUUCAGAUAGUGCAAUGGACACCAGUUACUUCACCAGCCGUUACUCAUGGAAUCCUUCAGAUGAGCAUGUUUAUCCAGCUAGCGAUCUGGACGAUUCCAGUGAUGCUGAUAGCUUAAGUGGCAGCAGUGGUUUGAGCAACCGUCAUGAUGAAGUGGUUGAUGAGUGUGGAGGCCUUGCUGAGUUUGAGUCUGGCUCGUCUAUCAAUUACUCUUUCAGUAAUUUUUCAUUUAAGAAUCUCUCGCAGCUUGCAUCAAUCAACUAUGAUCUGCUUUCCAAGGGUUUUAAGGAUGAUCCAUCUUCGAAUCGCAGUGCAUAGCCUAGCCUGCUCCCUACUCGGUAAAAGCUGGGAUUGGGGUUUUGUCAUUACAUUUGAUUCGGAGGGGCAUUUUUGGGGCCUAAGCACCUCUGUGUUGUUUGUACUUUGUAUAUAUGAUCAAAGAAA